CGGCCAUAUUCUAUUGUUCUACAAGAGGAAAGCACUGUAUCGAGUCUCGUCUCUUCAUCCUGACCCUCAUCACGACCAAAUUACCUACCCGCGACAAUGACGGUGCAAGCACCAACAACGAAGGAACUAGAGCAGUUCAGCCAGCUCAAUGAGUUGAUGGGCGGCGAGCUCGAUCAGAAGCGCGGGCUCGAGGUCCUGCGUCAGACAGGCGGCGACAUCACCAAAGCCAUCGACAUUCUUUUCAGCGAGGCCCCGUCCGGCGGCGCGGAGGUCCAGCAUGUGGAGACCGCGUCCUCAAGUACGCAGCCUUCGCGCGCAUUGGCACCCCUGCCUGAGGACAUGGGCCCGUUCGCCAACUCCCUCAUCUCGAGCGAGUCAGAAGAGGAGCAGAUCAACCGCGCGCUGCAAAUGUCGCUGGGGAACGACGUAGAACCCGUAAAUCAGCCGCAAUUUGGCCCAUCUAACAGGCAGCCGGACGCGAACUGGUCGAUGGUUCCGGCGGGCGCGAACACACCGGCAUCAACGCAGAGCAAUGCUGACGCGAAUGUGCAACAAGCAAUCGCGUCGAGCUACCAGGACGCGAUGGCCGUCGAUCAAGUGACGGAGGAGUUGAAUCUGGAAGACCUUGUCAGACAGCCGGAGGCGCCUGUCUCCGUGCGCGUUGACCUUCCCGCAUUAGCAUACGCGUCGGCUGUCAUCCAUGCGCUCUUCUUCACACCACAGGUUCGGCAAGUUGUAGCUAAUCUACGACCUCCUGCACACGUCGACCGACAUUCUGCAGAUGACAGUGGUUCGUCUCUCCGUCCCGAUUCCUGCGCCUGUUCAUUCUACAACGUCUUGCGUUCCUACUUCACCUUUUCUUCGAAACUAAUCACAGGUCCUUAACACAGAGAACGCGCUCUGGAACCUUAUCGAGUUAUUCUCCUACUUGGACUACUCUUGCAUUAACGUGCUCGGAGACGACAAGGCGA